AUGUCUGAAGCUGAGUCAAUAGACAAUUACAUGUCUGAAGCUGAGUCAAUGGACAAUUACAUGUCUGAAGCUGAGUCAAUGGACAAUUACAUGUCUGAAGCUGCGUCAAUGGACAAUUACAUGUCUGAAGCUGAGUCAAUGGACAAUUACAUGUCUGAAGCUAUAUGUCCAGAAUAUACUGCUGACCCAGGAUGUGAAAGUAAACACAAGUAUUAUAUGAUCUUCUCAUUGUCCAAUGUCAUCUGUGACAGCUGGCUUCAAGACUCAUCUGUGACAGCUGGCUUCAAGACUCAUCUGUGA